UCGCACACUACACACUACACAGUACAGUGUUCAGUGUUCAGUCUGCGCUCGACCGCCGCACGCGAAGCACGCGUCAGUGACGCUCCUUACUCUGACAGUUGUCGUGAUCGUGUUAUGUUCUCGUAUCGGAACUAUGGUGUAUCCCCAUGAAAAUGUGGAGUGAUUUCCAGGGCUCGGGCGGCGGGUGCGGCGCCAAACGGCGCGCCGGCUCCCCGUGCGAGGCCGGCGGUAAAGUCGCGCGCUGGGAGGACUCCAUAGCUCGGCUGGAGGCGGUGGCCGCGGGCGCGGGCGGCGGAGAGUGCUGGCGGGCCGAGGACGAGGAGAGGCGAGCCUGUCGCCGGAGGUGGUGCGGCGGCUGGUGCGGGGCUCACGACACCAUUCGCGCGGAGAACGGCAAGUCCUACCUCGAAUUGGGGGGAGCCGCCGCCCGCGCUUGCUGCGACGGCCGCGCCGCCGGCCGCUGCGCCUCCAGGCGCUGCUACCGCGAAAGACGACUCAAGAUGAUGAACCUGUGCGCGCUCAAGCUUGCGCGCUUCCGCCAGACCGCGGACCCCUCGCUGCGGCGAUCCGUGCUGGUCUGCAACACGCUCAGGGGCAUCGAAAGGGAGAUGGAGCGCGAGAGCGCCGAAGAGACGCCCGCGCCCCCGGAGGCCAGCGGGCCGACGCUCGGAUUCGGCGGGGCCGCGAGGUGCGAGCUGCUGGGUGCCAGGGAUCCCGCCGCGGGUCGAGCUACGCCCUUUCCCGCGCCACCCGCGCCCGACCGGGACUCCGGGUACGGCGACGAGGAGCAGCGCACCAUCGACUGGGGCUCGGUGCUGAGCCUGUCGUCCCGUUCGGCGCUCGAUCCCCCGGAGGACGCGUGGCCGGACGACUGGGGCUGGAGCGAGGACAGCUUCGUGCGGUUGCUGGUGCCCACGAGUUAGUGGUCGGCGCGCGGGCAGGACGCGCCCGCGCCGCACUAAGCGCCUGUGAUAGCGGGCCGGGGAGGCUCGCGGGCCGCGCCAGCUGAGGCCGGCCGCGCGGUCGGCGAGGGGCUCCGUCCGCGCCGCCCGCGCCUCUCAUCUAGUCGGCGCCACGCCGCCACAGUCACUAGUUAGUGUUAUGUGAUUAUUACUGGGAAGGUGCUAGCUUCGGACGACACGCGGGACUUGAUCGCGAGCCGAGUUAUUUUUGAUAGUUUUUUUUUCUUUAAGUGGACGAUGACGGAGAGUGGAGUGACUUAGCCGAAGACCUUGUCGCCGUUCGUAUGGAGACUCGUGUUUAAAAAUUUUGUUGAAAUUAUUGUGUAAUUGAUUAAUUAAAUAUAUGCUAUAUUUAUUACGUUGAGAGAGAGAGAGUUGUGGGGAUUUAAAAUUAUUUCUGUCUUGAUAUUUUCUAUCUGAUGUAUUAUCUAUGACGGGGCGUGACUGCUGGUGGGUUGUAUAAAGUCUAAGCUGUAAUCCACUGCCGAGGGCCGGGGCCGGUGCCGGGGCCGGUGCUCGUCGGUGUCAUCUUCAUAGUCUUCACUGUGUCAGUUUUUUCGUCGCUCGGUUUUCAUUGAAUUCCUUCGACCGUAGGAUCACGUCUCUGACAUGGACUCGCGACCUUCGUCAGACUAGUGUGGACAGGUGCCGAAUGGUAGCAGCCUUGUAGUGUUAGGUUGCUUUAGCAGAGAUUAUUUCGUUUUAAUUGUACUUACACGAAUGCUGAACUUCAUCGGCAGCUUCAGGCGCUGAACGUGGUGUCAAUUAACCAGCCUUAUCGCCACGCAAUACGGAAUUCAUAUCGAAUCGUCGUCUUGCGUUCUUCAACUCACAUUCAGACGCGAUUCAGGUUAUCGUGUACACGAAGUUUCGAGACACUUCACCGACGGAAUUGUUAGACAACCCGACCCGACGACCGCCAUCCGAGACGCCCCAUGGAAACGUAAAAUUAAAUGCAAUAGAUCGUUUAUUAAAUAUAUGGAAAUAUAUAAUUUUUAAAUGUAUUCUCUACUAACAGUUAAAUGCAGUUCCUAAUAUGUAAUGUGUUAUAUUAUUAAGGUAUUAAACAUUAUUUCAUCUAUGUCAUUUUAAUUUUGGUGACUCGUCGGAUGGCCGUCGUUGCUCGGAGUCCUGUGGAACACGCUCGAUGUUAUAGCGUAUAAGUUAAAUCCUUAUUUGGAUAGAUCCGCGUAGAAUGCAAUGUGAUUUGAUACAUCGGAAUAAUUUGCUGUCAUUCCAAUAGCGCACACAACCCGCCCUCUCCAGGGGAGGUGUGAAACCCGGUGACGUCAUCGAUGGAUGCGAUGACGUCACUCGUCAACGUUAGGACCCCGCUGGCGAUGUCGGGUUGGUUAUUCCGCGCGAAAUGGGACCCCAAGACUCCAAUUACUAUCGGUGCUUGUAAUUACUCGGCCUUUUCGGGCACGCGGACAUUGCGGACAAAAUUAACCGAUUUGCUAGACGAGCUUAAAGGUUCUGUGCUAUCGACAUCGAAUGUUUAGAAUACGUGUGGAUCGAUUGUUUUUGUGCGUGACGAUCACCGACGUAGAGGAGGCCGGAGGUCCCAGGAACGCGGCACGGAGACUGCAUGGACCAAACAUACCUACCCAGCACGACUUUUAAUAGGUUAAAGUACAAAUUUCAAUAAAAAUAAGUGCUCCGGCGCAUGUUUGUCCACCGUUGUCAAUUACUCAAAUAUAUGAAUUGUGAUUCGGUAGCUAAUGAGAUAAAAAGAAACGAUGUUCUUUAAUGUAGUGUAAAUAUUAUAUACUGAGUUGGGCAUUACGGCGCGGUGGCCGCUCCGAGCGCGGCGUUGUACAUACAGUUUGUAACAUUAUAGUUAUAUUGAUCGGCGGGCGCUAGCUCUGCCGCGCGGCGUCGCCCGUUCCCGUCUCUAAUUAACGACAUCUGUUCUGUCCAAUACACUCGUACAGAUAUACAAGUAACAUAAUUCAUUUUUUUUAUAUAUGAUAGGAUGUCACAAAACGUUGCCAGUACAUUUCUUGAGGAUGCCUAGUUAGUUAUAAUGGAUGGGUUUUAAACUCUCUAGUAAGUGGUGCACUGGACGAUGGUUCAGUUCAGGACUCUCCUUGUUUCCGAACGGAUUUCUUUGCAUACUCACCUAUCUAGAUGUAUUUUGUUUCGGUUUCUUGAACUUGUCCGUAUGGUUGGUUGUGAUGGUUUACUUAAGUAAGUUAGCGAAAUAUGGGUAAAUGAUUCUAUUUGAAGUUAAUAUACUUAACACGUUUGUACUAAAACUAGCCUACAUCUUUAUAUACGUGUUGCGGAGCGCCCGCGGUCGAGCAUUUUUUAUUGAAAUGUACUUAAAAGUUAAUUAAUUAGACGUGACUACAAUUAAGAUUUUUGUUUUAAGUUAAAAUUACCUUGACUGUACCAAUUAGAAUAAUGAAACGCCGGCGCUCGCAACACAUAUAUGAUAUACUAUAUGCUUGCAAUUAUGUACAAAAUGACAGAUAUAAAUAAAUGAUAAUAAAAAAAAAACAUUUUUCUACAUUACAUAAUCUAUCCAUUGCAUUAAAUGUUUUUUCUUGAAAUACCUAUGUAUGUGAAGAAAAUUGUAAAUUUAUAUAUAUGUAUCGUGCUCAAUAUGGGACAGUCGGUGCGAAUUCUGAUGUUUGUCUGUCAAAUUUUAAAAUGAUGUACAAAUAAGGGGGUAUUUAGUGUUGUGAGGGCAGCAAUAAUAGUGAGCGGCACAUCGCCCGUGACGUCACACCGCCCGUGACGUCACAAGCUGCGGACGCUUCAUAGAAGGGCCUCGGCGACAUACGUAAACUUAUAAACAUUUCUAAGUGUAAUUUUCUUAGUGUCUUCAUUGCCAUUGGUUACCAAAAAAACGACAGGAUGUUUUUUUAUUUGUUUGUUUGUUUGUUAUUAAACUUUCUUGUAUAUUAAUUAUAGAAGAAAAUACUCCCGUUCUAGAAAAGAAUUGUAAAAAAAAAAACAAUUUUGAAUAAAACUGUGUCAUACAUCGAAUAGUUAUUUAUGCGUUCCUCAUGUUAAGAGCUGUUCAAGAUUGUUUCUCGUAUGUUCUAAUGUAAGAUAUACUGUAAUAUAAUUAUUGUUUAAGAUGUUGUGUCGAAAAUAACAAGAACAGGAAUAAUUUUUGUGAAACAAUGGCACAAAGAAUUAACAUACAUAUUAUAUAUAUUAUAGAAACAGGAAUGUGUCUAUAAGAGCAAUUUUUAUAAUAAAUAUUUACUGUUGAUGAAA